AAUAAGUUCAUUUCUGAUACUGAAAUUCAAACCGGAUUAACCAACCAUCAUCAAAUUCAACCGUUAUUAUCUCCAUCAUCAUUGACCCAUACAAAAUCCAAGCAAUAACCUACACCAUCACUCUCUCUUUCUCUCUCCUACUUUUAGAGCUGCAACAAUGGCGGCGACCCAUCUUCUUUCUCAAUCAACCACCCUUUCUAAAACCCCAAAUCUCUACCAAAACCCUAAAACCCCAUUUCUUUCAAAACCAUUUAUCACCUUCAGAAAACCCUUAAUUCCAAAACCCUUAAUUCUUAAGUCAGUUCUUUCCCAAAACAAUCCCACUACAACAAAGUCUGCAACUUUAGACCCUAAAACCAGCAAUUUAAAGCAUUGUUUUAGUAAAAAAGAAGAUGGGUAUUUGUAUUGUGAAGGGAAUAAAGUGCAAGAUAUUAUGGAAAAUGUUGAAAAAAGGCCAUUUUAUUUGUAUAGUAAACCCCAAAUUACUAGAAAUGUUGAGGCUUAUACAGAUGCUCUUAAAGGGUUGAGGUCAAUAAUUGGGUAUGCUAUUAAAGCUAAUAAUAAUUUGAAGAUUUUGGAACAUUUGAGGAGUUUGGGUUGUGGAGCUGUUCUUGUUAGUGGUAAUGAACUUAGACUUGCAUUGGCUGCUGGGUUUGAUCCUACCAAGUGUAUCUUCAAUGGAAAUGGGAAGAUAUUGGAGGAUUUGGUCCUUGCUGCUGAGAGUGGUGUAUUUGUGAACAUCGACAGUGAGUUUGACUUGGACAACAUUGUUUCAGCUGCUAGAAUUGCAGGCAAAAGGGUGAAUGUUUUGCUCCGCAUUAACCCUGAUGUUGAUCCCCAGGUCCAUCCUUAUGUUGCCACUGGAAACAAGAACUCCAAAUUUGGCAUUAGGAAUGAGAAAUUACAAUGGUUUUUAGAUGCUGUGAAAGCACAUCCUACUGAGCUGAAGUUGGUCGGAGCUCAUUGCCAUCUUGGGUCAACAAUUUCAAAGGUUGAUAUAUUCAGGGAUGCUGCAGUCCUUAUGGUAGACUACAUAGACAAAAUUCGUGACCAAGGUUUUGAAAUUAGCUACUUGAACAUUGGAGGUGGUCUUGGAAUAGACUAUUAUCACACUGGCGCUGUUCUUCCUACACCUAGAGAUCUUAUUGACACAGUACGCGAACUUGUCCUGUCACGAAAUCUCAACCUUAUCAUUGAACCAGGAAGAUCACUUAUUGCAAAUACUUGUUGUCUGAUUAAUCGUGUUACUGGUGUCAAAACUAACGGUACAAAAAAUUUUAUCGUGAUUGAUGGGAGCAUGGCAGAACUUAUCCGUCCAAGUCUGUAUGAUGCUUACCAACAUAUUGAGUUAGUUUCCCCAGCUCCGUCGGAUGCAGUGGUAUCCACUUUUGAUGUGGUUGGCCCAGUCUGUGAGUCAGCUGAUUUCUUGGGCAAGGAGCGCGAACUUCCUACUCCAGCGAGGGGAACUGGAUUAGUAGUUCAUGAUGCAGGUGCCUAUUGCAUGAGCAUGGCCUCGACAUACAAUCUCAAGAUGCGCCCACCAGAAUACUGGGUGCAAGAAGAUGGAUCAAUUGCCAAAAUCCGUCAUGGCGAGACAUUUGAAGACCAUAUUCGAUACUUCACCGGUCUGUAAUUGUUAUAGACGUCGAAAAACCUUUGUUCUCAUUCAACAUAAAGAGGUUCGUGUACUCGGCAAUUGUAGUCAUAAUGAUGUAUCUUGGGCAAGCCUUGCCUGGAGGGUGCACCAUGCUUUGUAAUAGUAUUAGAGUUAUUAGUCAUCUAUUGUACCAUCUUCCUCGGAGCACCCCUAAUGUAUUUUUGCGUGAUUGGAAGUCACUACAUGGUUUCUAAUUAACCGAUAAUAAAUUCACUGCUGAAGGCCUGCUUAUUGUUCU